AUGGACGCCAUCGACAACCAGAAGAAAGCGAAAUCGAUCAUUGAUGCCUUUCUUGCCAAACAUCAUCAAACAGAGGUACUCCCCGCAGGCAGCUUCAACGUCAUCGACGACCUCGACAAACAUGACAUUCGCAUUAAGCCGGAAGACAACGGGAACAAGACUACGUACAGGCUCUUUACCGAAGGGGACGUAGACGACGAGACGGAGGUCACCAUCUAUGUCGUUGGCGCGCUAGCUCAGAAGCUCCUUCCCCCCCUCAAGCCGAAGAGAAAGUAUGCCAAUGGCCGCCACUUCGUCUUCUCGGGCUUUCAACAGAGCGUCACUCUGCUCGGCGUUGGCUCCGCGUCCGUGGACGAAGCGAUUCGGUCGAUCAAAGUCGCCUACCUCGAGCUCAAACGCCAGGUCCCCGACGAAGUUCCUUUCCCUUCUGACCGCAUCUGCUCGGACAACUUCGUAGUCUCGAAUCCCUUAUUCAUCACUGGGUACGACGCGAACGACAAGGAGUCUAUCCCGUUCAGCAAGCUCGUCGAUCCGUACGGUCACCUCACCGGCUGUUUGGGUGAAGGCUGCGUUCACACGGUCGAAAAUGAAGUACAGUAUCUCGAGGGGUAUGAGAACGCCCAAGGCGUAUUCAAGCAGCGCGUCGUAUCCCCAACGCAGUUUCGUCCAGGCGACAUCGUUCGCGUCGGCUUCACCAUUAGCCUGACGCACAACAAGAGAGCCCACGGGCGACUCGAGCUCGCUCUCGUGCUGCGCUCCCUCACCCUGAUCGACAAGACAAUCUCUGCGGCAAACAUGAAGGCGCUCGAGGAAACAGUGGCUAAGGGUAAGAAGCGGAUGGCUGUUAACAGGGGCAGGCUCGUGGAAGACAACGAGGAUCAGCCCGUAUCGAAGGUGCGGAAGGCGAUGACAGGCCUCAGUCUGCGGGACAUGGAUGUAGACGUCGUAUCUUCGCAGGCUAGCGGCAGUGGUUCGCAGUAG